UAUAAACUCUGACUCGUAAGUCAUUUCCUAUUUGUUCAGAAGGAUCGCGAUGGACGAAUAUUAUCCCAUCAUUGUAGAGGGAGACUGGGGGCCUGAACACGCUAAAAGUGUGAAAAAUAAACUUCAGAUUUACUUCCAGAGUAAGAAGAAAUCUCAAGGAGGAGACUGCGUCGUGCAAUAUAAUGACGGAAGCCGAUCCGCUACGAUUCUGUUCAAAACACCGGACAUCCAAGAUAGCGUGCUCUCAAAGGCAGAACACAUUAUUACCACUGACAAUCAGAAAAUCAAGUUGAAAGUGUACAAACCCAGUGAUGCAGAGGAACAGGCAGACAGCGCUGGACAACAAACAGAGCAGGCAUGUGGAUAUCAGGAACCACCUCAAAGUGCCCUGCAGACUGAUGUGGAUGUGAAGAAGCCUCAAGAGUCAAGUGCUGUGGUCCUGGAGAACCUUCCAGAUGAUAUUAAACAAGAAGUUUUGACUCUUUUGGUAGAGAUCAUAAGCAGUCUUUCUGAAAAUGACUUUAGCAUGGAAUUAAUACCAGAAUUAAGAAAAGCAGUUGUGACUUUUAAAAAUCCUAGUGCUGCAGAAAAGUUCCUUGAGGACAGCAGGACACAUGAAAAAUUCAAGAAGAAUAAUCUGAGGGCCCGUGCACUGGAGAGAAGCACAUGUGUGCGGGUGGAGGAUCUUCCAGCUGAGGCUACCAAGAUGCUGCUGGAACUGUAUUUUGAGAAAUGGGGCGGUCCAGUAGAGGAAGUUAUCACAAUUCCAUCAGAACAAGCAGCCAUAAUUAUUUUUAAGGAGGAAGAAGCCAAAGAGAGAGUUUUUAAGCAAGAGAAUAACAUCUGUGAUGUUCCAGUCAAGAUAUAUCCCUACUUCAAAUCACUUGAAACUGUCUUAUAUGGUGGCAAAAGACCACAUUUGAAGCUGGCUGAACCCAUUACAGUCAGUGUACAUCCUGCCAUCAGGGAGUUCAAAGGGUGUUGA